CGCCCCUCGGCAUGCUCAUAAAAGCCCCGCACAGCUUCCUCCCCAGCGCAUCGCAGGAGCAGUUUCGGAGGGUAACGGGGAACGCUGCUGUAGGACGAUCCGAGAUGGGGACGGCGCUGGCUGCGCGGCUCGGCCUGGGGCUCUUGCUUCUGGCGCUUCUCUUGCCCACUCAGACAGGUGGUGAGAAUUCAACUGCUGCAACUCCCUUGCUCAGCAAUUCAAGUUCAACUUCUUCUGUGCCAUUGAGCACACUGAACAAUACCAAUACCAACACUACCAAGGGACAUGGAAAUGCCCUUCAAUCAACUGCUGGCCUCCUCAUUUUUUCGCUUUCUCUUCUAUAUAUUUGCUAAGAGGCUCUGACUGGAAAACUCUUGCUAUUCCCAACCCAGUUCCCUUUUUCAUCUAAGAUGGCUAGACUUUCAGAACCCAGCAUGAGAAAAGAACCACAGAAUGCCUAUCCCAGUACACUGCAGUUGAUGCUCUGGUCCAGUCACUGGUACCAAUCCAAUCUACAAAGUUUCUGAUCUGCGGCCAUCUUCCCUGAAAACAAUUUGACAACUGAGAGCCAGAAGGUAAUUAAUCAACGUAAGUCUUCAACAGCUGGAACUGAAAAUAUGAAACGAGAAGUACAGCUUGACUAGCCAUGGAUAAUACUUCCUCUGUGAAAAAUGCUAGAUGAUACAUAGUUCAGGAUGCUAUGCAAAAUAAGGACUCUAAUUUGAAAAUGAAGUAAAGCCUCUAAGCUUAUAAAACCACUAGAAGAUACGACAGCUGACGUGAUCUCUGAUUCUAUAUUGAAGGAUGUACCCAGCAGUAACCGAGUUCCAUCCAAUGGCUCACUAUGGUGGAAUUGCCAGGACGCUUCAGUUCCAACAGAUUUUUGUUUUAAGCCUCUGUUUAAUGUGUGGCUGUUCUAGCUGAGCCUAUGUAGUUUGUUGGCAGACUUAUUUUAUUUACUGUGGUAUUUCAGAUUUCCAUUUUAUUAAAGCUGUUAUCAAUGAAACAAUGUGCCAGCAAAACAAGGUGUUGAAAGACCUCCCAAGAGUUUAUAUAAAAUGUUAGCAAGGAACCUCCACUAAAGCUUGAGAACAGGUGUUCAUUUUUCCUUUCUUCCUGGCAACUUACUUGCAAAAUCUGAGUAAUUUAAGAUGUCAGUUUUAAUUUGAUGCAGUUUGUAAAAUCUCAUACAUAAUCGUUCAUCUUGAUUUUUUUGAUACUGUGUUGUGACAGGGAACUGAAGAAAAUCUCUCUGUCAGACUGAGGGGACUAAAUCUGAAAUCAAGAGUCUUAAAUGCUUAUCUAAUUAAAUUGACUGACACAAACUUCCCACAAUUUGUUUCUAGAUGAAUGUCUAAAGCUGGCAUUAUGAUGAAGGUUCAAAUACACAGAUCUUCUGAAAAUUAAAGAUUUGUUGACACGAUGAUGGGUAUAUCUUGUCCAUACAAAGUCUUGUUGGAUUACUAUGUGUUAACUGCUUUAAACAGAAUCUGUCUUCUGAUUUGUCAGCCACUCAAACUUAACCCAAGCAUUGUGAAAUAUCUGUAUGGCAAAACUUGAUAGAAUAUUAUGGGAAGUACGUGUGCACUUUGUAUUCCAGUGCACUGUUUGAUUUUUUUUUUGUGUGUGGCAAUGUAGCCAUGCUUUGAGUUCAACUGGACAAAUUGUAAAUAAUAAAAAACUGAUAUAAA